GCCACACAUCUGUGUAGCUGGAGCAGGUGACUCUGCAAAGUGGAGGGGCACAGCCAGCCUUGGGUGGGCCUUUUCUAGAUUCUAGGGGCUUACUUGAAUCUUCAGAGCUAUCCUGGGACUCCUUGAAGAGGCUCAGUGAGUGAGGCACCCCUUAACUCAGCAACCCCAUUUCAUGGGCUGCUAUCUCAUGGGGAUGUGCAGUGGGUUGCUCACCUGGCAGUUUCCAGGCCAGGGAGGCCCUCAGCCUCAUCAGUGCCCCAGUCACCUGUAGUUCUCUGAAUCUAAUUAAAACCUAAGAGAUGGACAGAAAGCCCCUGUCUCAAAGCAGGGGCGAGGUUGGAGCCCUGUGUGGGCGGGGGUGGAUGUUGGGCCAAGUGUGGGCUACUGUGUGUGUGCUUUCAUGGGUCAGGGUCACAGAAGUGUGACAGUGACGUCUAUGUGUCCUUUAACCUGGCUCCUGGGCCACACACUUCCUGGGACAAAGUUGCUCCGUCAGCUCUGUACCCCUGACACUCACCAGAACCUGGUUUGUGGCCACUGGAUCUCCUGCCCGAGAAGCUGACUUGAGGAGUCUGAGAGGCGGCUUUUAUCUUAUUUAAAGACAUCUCAGAAAAUAUCAGGAGAAAACUGGAGCUUCCGCCAGAAAAGAAAGGGAAAGGGCUCCGUGGGUCGCAGGUGCAUUCUAAUUGGGGUAGACUGGGGAGGCUGGGUCACUUUCCAGGGGAGGGCUGCGGGGCAGGAAGUGCUCUUCCUGGCUGUGUUAAAUGGUGGGGUGAGCCAAGGAAGCUGCUGUCAGCCCCGGGGAAGUGUUGCGAGCCUGGGCUCUACAGUCGGCAGUCAGAGUGGGCAAAGACCUCUUGGGAGGGAGCUCCAGAACUGGAGGUGGCUUGGGGUAUCCUUGCUGUGGGGGAUAUGAGUUGGAUUGGGGUAGACAGCAGCCCAGUAUGGGGGCUUAGGUGGCUUGUACUUAGCAGUUGCCACUCCAUGCCUGUUGUGUGCCCUGCUGUGAGUCCCAGAGGUAGGAGUAAAGAGGCUGCAGAAGUAGCCAACCUCACCCUGUUGCCUGGGAUUGCAGGGUCCCAGUCCCGCAGAGGCACCACCAGAGUCCAGAGCUCAGCUUUGCUUCCAACAGGAAAGGGUAUGGAUCCCACCCCUGGGUUACCAUCAUUGCUGGGCUAGCCAGGAAGCAGCGUUGCUCGGAGCUGGUACGAAUAGGGCCUGGGUGGCCCUGAGCCUUGAGGAAGAGAUGAGCCACUGUCUUCUACCUGCUGACCCUGAUCCUUGGUUCCUAGUGUCCCUACUCCCCAGAGCUUCUCCCAGCAGAUGUUUGAUUUGGGAAUGUGCCCAGUUCCUUUCCUCUCCCUGAACAGACUGGCUGUGACCUUGCAGGGCUGGGGAGUGGAGCAGUCUGGGAGAGGCUGGAGGCAGAGAUUCCUUUAGAAGGGACCAUGUGGGUCUUCCCACCUCCCCACCAGUCUUGCUUACUCUAGGUCCCCAGCCCAGGACUGAGGCCCUGGCCCCUAAUCGGUAUCUCAGAUGAAGGUAUAAAGGACACUUUGUCCCUCAGAAAUGUGCUUGGCAAACUCCCCUCCAGGACUUAAGCUGAAGAGUGCGGGUUGGGUGCAAGGUAUGUCAGCAGAGGCUCGCAUAAGCUGGCAGAGUGAGGGUUAAGGCUGGGUUGCUUGGCUGUGAGCUGAUCUGAGCCAGCACCGCCCCAUGUGCUGAAGAAGGGGGGUAGCGGGGGCCUUGAGGGCCGGCAGCUCCUCACAGAGCCUCUCUGCCCCUGCUCCCUGCCAGACCUGCUCCCACAGCCACCAGGGAGCCUCUACCACCACCCAGCUUCUCAGAGCAGGUGGCUGUUGCCAUCGGCUGUUGCCAUCAGCUGUCCCCAGGAGGGCAGGCUUGGGGCAGGGCCUUAGUCACUUUUGUGGAUUGAUCUAGAUGUGGUAACCUCUUUCCCUGGGCCCCACAGGCCCUAUAAAGGGAGGCUGGUUCUAGUGGGACAAGCUCAGUCGCCUCCCCAGUGCCAGGAGCCCGCUGGAAAGAGUUUGUCCUCUCACUCCUGGAGAAGAUGCAGACACAGGAGAUCCUGAGGAUGCUGCGGCUGCCCGAGCUGGGUGACUUGGGCCAGUUUUUCCGCAGCCUCUCAGCCACCACCCUGGUGAGUGUGGGUGCGCUGGCUGCGAUCCUCGCCUACUGGUUCACUCACCGGCCAAAGGCCUUGCAACCACCGUGCAACCUCCUAAUGCAGUCAGAAGAAGUGGAGGACAGUGGUGGGGCUCGGCGAUCUGUGAUCGGUGGUGGCCCUCAGCUGCUCACCCACUACUACGAGGACGCCCGGACCAUGUACCAGGUGUUCCGCCGAGGGCUCAGCAUCUCAGGGAACGGGCCCUGUCUUGGCUUCAGAAAGCCCAAGCAGCCAUACCAGUGGCUGUCCUACCAGGAGGUGGUGGACAGAGCUGAGUUUCUGGGGUCUGGACUGCUGCGGCACAAUUGUAAAGCAUCUACAGAGCAGUUUAUUGGUGUUUUUGCACAAAACCGGCCAGAGUGGAUCAUUGCGGAGCUGGCCUGCUACACGUAUUCUAUGGUGGUGGUCCCACUCUAUGACACCCUGGGCCCUGGGGCCAUCCGCUACAUCAUCAAUACAGCGGACAUCAGCACCGUGAUCGUGGACAAAGCUCAGAAGGCUGGCCUACUGCUGGAGCACGUGGAGAAGAAGGAGACUCCAGGGCUCAAGCUGAUCAUCCUCAUGGAGCCGUUCGAGGAAGCCCUGAGAGAGCGGGGGAAGAAGUGUGGGGUGCUCCUCAAGUCCAUGCGGGCUGUGGAGGACUGUGGCCAGGAGAACCACUGUGCUCCUGUGCCCCCACGGCCUGAUGACCUCUCCAUUGUGUGUUUCACAAGUGGCACGACAGGGAACCCAAAAGGUGCGAUGCUCACCCAUGGGAACGUGGUGGCUGAUUUCUCUGGCUUUCUGAAAGUGACAGAGAAAGUGAUCUUUCCGAGACAGGACGAUGUGCUCAUCUCCUUCCUGCCUCUGGCUCACAUGUUUGAGAGAGUGAUCCAGUCUGUUGUCUACUGCCAUGGAGGGCGUGUCGGCUUCUUCCAGGGAGAUAUCCGCCUCCUCUCGGAUGACAUGAAGGCUCUCUGCCCCACCAUCUUCCCAGUAGUGCCACGACUGCUGAACCGGAUGUACGACAAGAUCUUCAGCCAGGCGGACGGCCCGAUAAAGCGCUGGCUCCUGGAGUUUGCAGCCAAGCGCAAGCAGGCUGAGGUCCGGAGUGGGAUCGUCAGGAAUGACAGUAUCUGGGAUGAGCUCUUCUUUAAAAAGAUCCAGGCCAGCCUUGGUGGGUGUGUGCGGAUGAUUGUUACUGGAGCAGCCCCCGCGUCGCCAACAGUCCUGGGAUUCCUCCGGGCCGCUCUGGGCUGCCAGGUUUAUGAAGGUUACGGCCAAACUGAGUGCACAGCUGGAUGCACCUUCACCACACCUGGGGACUGGACCUCAGGGCACGUAGGGGCGCCUCUGCCCUGCAACCACAUCAAACUUGUCGACGUUGAGGAACUGAACUACUGGACCUGCAAAGGAGAGGGCGAGAUAUGUGUGAGAGGACCAAAUGUAUUCAAAGGCUACUUGAAAGAUCAGAACAGGACGAAGGAGGCCCUGGAUAGUGACGGCUGGCUUCACACUGGAGACAUCGGCAAGUGGCUUCCGGAAGGAACUCUUAAAAUUAUUGACCGGAAAAAGCACAUAUUUAAACUUGCUCAGGGAGAAUAUGUUGCACCCGAGAAGAUUGAGAACAUCUACAUCCGAAGUGAGCCUGUGGCACAGGUCUAUGUCCAUGGGGACAGCUUAAAGGCCUUUUUGGUGGGCGUUGUUGUGCCUGACCCUGAGGUGAUGCCCACUUGGGCCCAGAAGAGGGGGAUUGAAGGGACCUAUACACAGCUCUGCAUAAAUAAGGAACUGAAGAAAGCCAUUUUGGAAGAUUUGGUGAGGUUAGGAAAAGAAAGUGGACUCCAUUCUUUUGAACAGGUUAAAGCCAUUCACAUCCAUUCUGACAUGUUCUCAGUUCAAAAUGGCCUGCUGACACCAACACUAAAGGCUAAGAGACCCGAGCUGAGGGAGUACUUCAAAAAGCAAAUAGAAGAGCUUUACUCAAUCUCCGUGUGAAGUUCAAGGAAAGUUCUUCUCAGUAUAAUGGACUGUGUAGCAAUAUUAUAGUUAUUCUUGAAAGGAACACGAAAAUGACACAGCUGAAAAUGAUUAAGAACCUGAUUUUAUGACUGAGCCUCUACCUGUUCCAAGAGAUCUUUAACAAUAUUUUCUCUAUCAUCACUGAGUACACUUUAUUUUUUAUUAAAACGAUAUUGUAGCAAGCUGCUAAAAAUAUCACAAAUGGCAAUGUGUAAAUCAAGACAUUUUCUCAAGAACUGUGUACCACUAAAAGUAAUAUAUUCUAUGUUCACGGAACUCCUAUUAAACAUAAAGCAAAAACAUAACUGAUAUAUUGUACUUAAUUAUUUGUGGAAUAGAAACCAGAUACAGCAAAUAGCUAGGCAAUGUGGACUACCUCAUUCAGUCACUGAUUGUCAAAAUCACAGUUAAAUCAAACUUGAGAACUAAAACUAGGCAAACAGAAUUAUGAUAAAAUGUGAUCAAUCAUUCUGCAAAACGUCAGUCUUCAAAGAUAAUUCCUAUUGAUGUGAAUGAUUUUUUUCUGAUUUUUAGUUUUAUUCAUGAAAAAUGCAAAUCCAGAUAUUCUUAAGGCAAAUGUUAUAUAAGAACUUACGAAGACUUUUCAAUGCAUUUUGUCAUUUAUUAACUUCAUUAAAAGGCAUUCAGGAACUACCUAGAAAAAAAAGUAAUGUAAAAGUAGCCAAGGAUACCAUGCACAUGCUCAUGGACUUCUAACCAUAAUGAAUUCUAAAAGGUGUCUGUGGACUCGGCAGUGGCUGCACCCUUCUUUGAAUGGGAGGACUUGGGAGAAGAAGCUCAGAGUUCUUUCUCAGGGUGGGCAGAGUCAGUGUACCUCUGUUUCUCGCUGGGGCCUUCCUACCUUCCCUUCCCAAUAUGUCCAUGCCAGGCCUGGGAAACCCAGAAUGGCUAUGAUUCUGAACAAUUUCAUCUUCUUUCAUUAAGAGUAUCAAGGCAAGAUGUGAGGAGGAGGGGAUGUUAUUUUUCCAAGAAAAUAAUUUUUUCAACAGUAUAAUUUUGAAGAAUCUCUUCAAAAUGGCCCUGGAAAACUAUAGAUUCGUAAUAGAGAAAUAUCUGCUGAUGGCUUAAUGCUGUGCUCAAAAUCUUUAAAUGCUCCUAAAUUCAACCACAAAAACCUCCUUUCUUGCACCAUGCAUUUAGAUACACCCUGUACAUGGAUGCUAAUAAAUUUAUACAAUGAAAGCCCUGAUAUCAUUGACAACAACUAAUUUGCAAGCUAUGAACUGUGCAUCUGAAAAAAGCAUAGUACCUGGGAAAGUGUUUUUCUUCUGUAGGGACAGGACUGUGAGAGUAUAUUAACAAUUUAUAUGCAAUUUUUGUGUUAAUUUAAGAUAUAUGUACUCACUGUUCACAGCCAACUGUACAUAAACACUUUUUUAAACACUGCAGUAGCACACGGUUCUGUUGGCUAUAUCGCAUCAGUGAGUACACAGAUUUUAUUCUUGUCAAAAGUAGACUACAGCUCAUUUGAUGUACUUAACCUUUUACAUACUCCUUGGGUAUAUUCUCUCUAAAGACCCACUGCUUACACUUACAGAUUUGACAUUGUAAUAAGCGAUCUAGUUCUAUACACAUUAAGUUUUAAAGGCAUUUCUGAAUAAACAGGUAUUUAAAAGGUCCCAGGUCCCAUCUGAGUAGCAUUAAUUUUUUUAGGUUUAAUAUGUAUUUCACUAGUUAAAAGUGAACAUCAUUGCCUGAAUUGGACAUUCAGGGGGAAAAGAAAAUGCUAUUUCCCAUUGUCCUUCCCCUUGACUACAAUUUCAUAGUUGGCUUUGAUUCCAAAAGAAUUUUGAACAGUAACAUAAGCCAUUAUUUUAAAACUUAUUUUUUUGAGUCUGUUUAUACCUCAUAGUAGUUAGAUAUGAUUGAUCAUGUGUAACUUAAAUUUUUUCUUUUUCUCACUUAAAAGAUAAUAUAUUUCCACCAGACUUCCUGAUCCAAAUGGAAAUCAUCACAUUUGGGCCAAAUGAGUGGGUUGGUGCAGAUGUGCUGAGAAAAGUGAACAGUGAACCCUAAAUAUAUUAUGUCUAUUCCUACAUUUAACUCCACGUAAUUUUGUAAUUAAGGAGAAACGAAACAGUAUAUAUCAGUGGAAAAAAUCCUUGCUUCAGAUUUCCCAGCUUUUUUGGGGGGAGGAAAAAGUUUGUAUUUCUAACAAAUAUAGAAAAAGCUAUUUGACAUUGGAUCUUAAUAAAUCUAGAGGUUUAACAGAGAAUCAGUCCCUUAGUUAUAAAUAUGUUCUUAAAUGUUUGACUUUUGUACUCAUUUCUCAUUCAAAUAUGUAAAUAAUUCUCAAUUUUAUAAACAAAUCAUUUUGUGUGUAUUAUAAAAUGAAUACACACCAAAUAUUUUUUCCUUUGCCAUAAAUAGUCUUUAUUGUGACCUCCCACUGAAAUAUAUACCACAUAUUAGUAAUUCACAAACUCAAAUGUCCAAGGAUUAAACAUAUUGUGUGUCCCUCACAUAAGCAAGUCAUUCUUUUGUUCUAAAUUUUGGUAAGACUACAAGCAUGAGAAAAAAAGUAGAACUGUGCAUUGAGAUUUUUAUAAUCAGGUAAUAUUUUGUCAAGUGGAAAACACUUAAUUUGACUAUAUAAAUCAUCGAAGAACCAAUAAUCUUUAAAUUUUCCAUGGUAAAGAAAAUGAAUUUUUAUUUUCCAGAUGCAUAAUAAAGCACAAAUGUGAUACUAUAAAAUGAAUGUAAAGAAUGGGAAAGUGUUUUUGCAUGAAAACAGUCUACUUGCCAACUUGCUAAAAAUCUCAGGAAAAAAAAGAAUGAAUGAUCACAUAUAAAGCUGGUAAAGUAUGAGUUGGCUAUAUUUUCUUGCCAAUCUUUAUUUUCAAGGAACCCUUUACAUGAAAAGAAAAAGAAUCCUAGUAGCUUGACUUUUCUCUUAACUAUGCUACUUGGUCUUUUCUGUGAAUCUACAAUUAACUGCAGUAAGAAUGGGAUUAGCAUGCAAGUGAGGACUGAACCCCAAAUUCAAAACACAAAUUAGAACACAUUAAUGGCUGUAAUGCUGAGGCAACAGACAAAUACUUGAGAUACAAGCAUUCCUAAACCUGGUCCCAAACAGAAACAGUGUACAUGAAGUAACAGUAGCUUUUAAACAUUCAUUUGCCUGAUUAUUUUAAUUUUCCUUGUUAAAUCACUGCAAUGAUUGCAUGGGGGGAAAUGGAUAUUUUUUUGAAGAACUGCUUAUUCUUUCAAUUUUUGAAAACUUGAGGGGAGUAAAAUAUUAAUUUUUAAAUAUGCAUAAAGAUAACUGUAAUUAUAUUUUCAGUUGCUUUGUUAUAAUAGCAUGCAUAUCAAAUACAGAAUGCAUUUAUGAAAACUUUUGUAAAAAAUAAAGAUUUUUCAUUUCUCA